AUUUUGUUUAAUUUAAUUUAUCCCAGCACGUUUUCCAGGGAACAGUUUCAUGCUCUGUACCGACAGUCUCUUGUUUACACACGGUGCGCGCUCCCGGUGACGCUACAGGAGGCGGGGCCGUGUCGCGCUGUCAUUUAACCCCUCCCCCUCCCCGUCGUCACGUGACGGAGUGCGGCUGCUGGGUAAACACUGACGUCACUGCGUCUAGGCGGCGGGUCUGUCGGUUCCCGGUAGUGGCGGUGCGAACGGUCAUUGCAGAGGCCGGCCGGGCGGUGGUGUCUGAAGUCCAGUGCUGUGCUCUCGCCCGGGGGUACCAGUCCAGAUGUGUGGCCGGACAGCGUGCACCCUGGCUCCCCAGGAGCUGAGCCGGGCCGCCUGCUACCGAGACAGAGCGGGGCGGCGCCGCAGGCCGGAGUGGCGCGCAGGAGACGCGGAUCAGUACCGGCCGUCUUACAACAAGAGUCCCCAGUCCCUCAGCCCCGUGCUGUUGUCCCGCAGGCAUCUCGACAAAGACGCCCCGGUAGACGAGUGUGUGGUAGCGGCGAUGCGUUGGGGGCUGGUACCGGCCUGGUUCCAGGAGAGUGACCCGCAGAAGAUGCAGUACAGCACCAGCAACUGCCGCAGCGAGAGUUUGCUGCAGAAGAAGUCCUACAAGGAGCCGCUGCUGAAGGGGCAGCGCUGUGUGGUCCUGGCUGAUGGCUUCUACGAGUGGCAGCGACAGAAGAGGGAGAAGCAGCCCUUCUUCAUCUACUUCCCGCAGAGCAGGACGCCGGGGCCCGCAGGAGCACCAGACACCCCAAUCGCGGUGUCCCUUGACCCCGAAACCCACACCGUGGGGCCCAAUAGCUUUGACACACAGGACAACCAGACCAUGCAAGAGGGCUGUGAGUGGACAGGCUGGCGCCUGCUGACGUUGGCGGGGCUGUUCGACUGCUGGUCGCCCCCUGGUGGCGGUACGUCUCUCUACACCUACACAAUCAUCACAGUGGAGGCGUCCCAGAACCUGCAGAGCAUCCAUGACCGGAUGCCGGCCGUGCUGGACGGAGAGGAGGAAGUGAGGCGCUGGCUGGAUUUUGGGGAGAUCCGUUCCCUGGAGGCGCUCUCGCUGCUGCGCCCCAACAACACUCUGACCUUUCACCCUGUGUCCACGCUUGUCAACAAUUCACGGAACAACUCCCCAGAGUGUGUACAGCCUGUGGAGGUGGGGGUCAAGAAGGCGCCGCCGCCCUCCGCCAGCAGCAAGGCGAUGAUGACUUGGCUCCAGAGCGCCUCCCCUCAGAAGAGGAAGGAGCAGGGCCCCCUGGCCGAGCGGGAGAAGCCCGGGGAGCGUGGCGGGGGCACCGGGGCGGCCAGUGCCAGCGGCAGGGGAACCCUGCAGAACUGGCUGAUCAGAACCGAGCCCAGCAAAAAAGCCCGAACCGGCUGAGAGAGGGGAGCAGGCUCUGCUCUGGUCCCUGUGUUCUCAGGUGGACGUGUUUCCGGUGGUCUGUACUGUUCUCUGGAGUUUCCUCAAUAAACAGACUGGUUUUCCCUCUG